CAUGUUGCUCAUUGUCCUGGCAAAGUCGCCAUGAGAGCAUGGUCAUUCAAUGAAGUGGCGGGACCGGAGAUCAAUUGGCCAUUUUGUGAUAAGUAGUGAUAGGAGUAUCAAUGUCCAAAAAUCCAGAAGAGAUACAAUUGCCUUCUGAAAAUCAGAAAAAAUCUGAGGACACCAGCUAUUAGUACUCAAGUGAAGACUCACGUAUCUUUUGCAUUUAUCUACUGCAUUUAUUUAUUUGAUGUCUUUCACAAUGAUCUCACGAGAUCGUGCGAGGAUUGAUAUUUGUCGUUAUACUCUCAUUCGGAACGUUAACUUUACUAAGCUGUGGCCAAAAUUGAUGGAAUAUCAAAUUUUUCUUCCUGGUGAUGUUAACAUACCACAAUGGGAGCGCGACCUCAAUGAUAGCACUAUCAAAAUGGAGAUACUAAUGGCAAUAAAGACUCGUGGACCCCUGGCGUUUGACAAAUUGCUAAAGAGCCUGACAGACAUUGAUCAGGUUGAUCUCGCAGCAAUGCUGGUAAAUUCAGUGGUGGAUUCUACUUUUAACAACAAUCCGAAGAAUAUAAGUAAGGGAUAUCAGAAUUUACGCCUUACUAUCCCCGAAUGUGGACCGGCGAAUAAUUCACCCAGUAAUGAUAUCCGAAAUUUUGAUGAGGAGUAUGAUUUAGACAGCGGUUUUGAGAUGCCUGUACAAGUAAAAGUGAGAAAAUCAACGAGAUUCCAGGAUGAAAUAAGCGACGGUGGCCCACUUGAAAUAUAUCAAAUGCGAAGUAGACCACGUGGAUUGGUUCUGCUGAUAACAUUGAUGAAUUAUAAAGAGCCUAAGAAAGUGAGAGAAGCAGCUGAAUAUGAUCACAAUAAUUUAAAAGAACUGUUUGAACAAAUGGGGUUUACAGUCAUAGCGAAAUGGGAUUUGUCUGCCGCUGACAUCAAAAAAGAAGUCGUUGAUUUCUCCCGGAAACCUGAUCAUUCCACACUGGAUUGCUGUUUCGUUAUCAUAACAGGCCAUGGGGGCAGAUCGGCUAAUGGGGACAGUGUGAUCUCGGGAAUUGACGACGUUGAAGUUAAUAAUCCUGAGCACGUGAUUUCCUACGACCAUAUUAUCGAUUGUUUUUCGACUGAAAAUUGUCCAGCAUUAAGCCACAAACCGAAGAUAUUCAUUUUCCAAAGCUGCAGAGGCGCAUCCUCUCAAUUUGCCAUUAUGGACAGUGGUGCUGGUGCCCCUCGUCUCAACGAUUCCCUUCAGCUCACUGCUGAAAAUACCUCUACUGCAGGCCGUGACAAAGGAACGAGAAAUUUUGAGCAUAUACUCAUUGUUAAUUCAACACUACCAGGAUAUGUAUCUUUCCGUAACACUCUCUGUGGAUCUUGGUUCAUUCAAUCACUCUGUUACGUGUUUAUGAGAAUGGCAUGCUCGUAUCCUAUUCAGGAUUUGUUUAGCAAAAUCGAUCAAUUGUUAGCAUCUAUAAGGACUGAUUCUAACCAAUGUCAGACGACGACAGUAAAAUACAUUGGAUUCUUCAAACGGAUGUACCUAAAUCCUGGACUCUUCCUAGAAGACAACCAAUCUCCUCCCUAAGAUAUUUAUGCAAUUACUUCAUAUAUAUAUUUCCUUGAGGUGCAAUUCAACUGGAUAAUUUAUCCAUUGCUCAUGGAUUUGAAUUUUUUUAAAGUGAAUGUGGGUGCAACAGUCUCACAACUUCAAUCAUAAUCAUGCUCGUAGGAGUGAAAUUCGUCCUGGAGACAUUAUUUUAGAUUUUUUUUCGAUUUUGAGGGCAUUUGAAACCAUUCUCAAUUCGGACGUGAGGAUUUUUUGAUUGAAGCAAAUUUUACACAAGUUCAAAGAAUACGAUUGUAACAAAGUAACUUUUUUAUACAUUUAUACGUUGAGAAAAUAAACAGAUUCAUGAUGUUUUUUCUGUUAAAUA